AGUCCAAAUGGUCAGAACACCUCAGACAACAGUCGAGCCAUGUACUCAGCAAAGCACUCUGUAGUUCUGGCCCUGAUCCUCGUCCAGCUGGUGGGCCUCAUUCAAGGCGGAACCUACAGCUAUGAGGACACGUGGGUCUACAUGUAUUCAACUAUGGACUUCCCCGACAACGCUGUACUCGGAGGCUUCGAUUCCGACGGUUACUACAACUAUGUGGGUCGUGUGUCCUACAGCAGCAACGUCCUUCCUGCCCGAGUGAUUCCAGAGCUGACCAAAGCCACCUACAACACGGACACCGUUGGGUACCAGACCAGCGCCUAUGAGGUGCUCGUGUCCAACGCCACCGUCAGCUACCAUUGGAAGCGCAGCUUCGACGGCUACCUGGAAAAAAACGCCGUGACAGUGGGAACCAACUCCUUAGGCGACCGUGUCUACAUCUGUCGCUUCCGGGCUGACGAGGGACUCUAUAUUGGCACCCUCUACCUGGCCAACCGUGCCUGCAUCGUGAAGAACGGCGAGAAACCACUGAGGAAGGUCGACAAGUACGAGAUUUUGGUUAGGGAGCGCAAAGCUGCUGAGUUUAUGCCAUUUGGUGUGUAAAACAAAGCAGAAACGUUAUAAAACAAAAUUUAUUAAAUGCAAAUAAAAUC